GCUCGGUGUUUUUUCAGUGGAGAUGGCGGCACUCAGAAGACUCAUCAUCAGAACCUCCAACCCCUCUUCCCUUCUUAUUUCCCACAGAGGUAUCACCUCUAAGCUCUUCGUCGGAGGUCUGUCCUUAUAUACCACGGAGAAAGGGUUAUCAGAUGCAUUUUCUCAGCAUGGUCAAGUUGUGGAAGCCAAAAUUGUAAUGGAUAGAGUUUCAGAUAGGUCAAAAGGUUUUGGGUUUGUUACUUAUGCAUCGAAAGAUGAAGCCGAGAAAGCAAUAGCUGAGAUGAAUGGAAAGGAUUUGAAUGGCCGUGUAAUUUUUGUGGACUAUGCUAAACCCAAACAUAAUUUCGGUGGCGGAAUGCCAAUUGCAAGGGGACCUCCUGAUUCGGCCGAUAAAAUACAUUUCCAAGACACUGGCAUUGAAAAUUAGUAAUUUCAGUUUCAUAUAGCUGCCCAGAGGACUGCACAGCAACAGAAGCAAGAAGUCAUAGAAGUUUGCAUAAUAAUGUUUUUAGGUCAAUGAUUUCGGUAAAGAUCAUUGG